AUUUACACGAAGAAUCACCCGCCGUUAUGACGUCACCUCCGCAGUGUCGCGCGCACCCGCUGACAUGAGAGACGCGCGCGUCGUCACAUCAGGCUACUGUUGAACUGAAGACGCCUUUGGAACUGGAAGGCAUCAUGGCAACGUCAACGUCUCUAGAUCCAGAAUUGGUUCGCGAGGUGCUGGAAUGCCCCAUCUGCCUAGAGACCUACAACCAGGAUCAGCUUCGACCCAAACUUCUGCAGUGUGGUCACUCAGUGUGUCGCCAGUGCCUUGAGAAACUCCUCGCCAGCACGAUAAACGGCGUGCGCUGCCCAUUCUGCAGCAAGGUGUCCCGCAUGAGCAGUAUUUCGCAGCUGGCCGACAAUCUCACCGUGCUGAAGAUCAUUGACUGUGCAAGUGCAUGUAGCUCCAACAUGGGUCUCAUGUGCAAAUCUUGUAAGAACCGCCUUCCCCGCCAGUACUGUUGUGAUUGCAGCAUUGUGUUGUGUGAUAUUUGUAAAAACGAGGGUCACCAGCGGCAGGGUCACGUCGUACAAGCCAUUCGCAUGGCUGCAGAACUGCGCCGGAAGGAUAUCGGAGCAAAGCUUUCAGACUUGCGGGAGGCAAUGGGAAACAUUCAGAAGAAGAAGGCAGCUAUUGAUAAUGUGACCAAAUCGCUCCGAAUGAAGUAUAAGGCUGUACAGCAGGAGUACGCCAAGGCUGAGUUGCGGCUUCAGGAGGAACUUGGCCGCUCACGCCGUGCCUUCGCCGCCUCCUUAGCCGAAAUAGAGAAACUCAACGCACAGAUUCUGGAGGAGCAAACAUACCUGCUUAAUAUUGCAGAAGUGCAGGUUGUAUCAAGGUGCGACUAUCUUACCAUGAGAAUCAAGCAGACGGAUAUUGCUCUGCUGGAAGAGGGAAGCAAUAACGAUGAAGAAGAAGAUCUGGACUUGAAAACCAAUCUGCCUGUUGUUCUGAAACUGCAGGAUCCCGAACUUGUUAAAAUUGAGAACUCAAAGUCACUGGAGGUAGGGCAGCUGACUACAAAACCCUGCAAUGUCAAUGUUGAAGAAGAAGAGGAUGGACUUGAUUUUCCCACUGCCACUUCCGCUCCUUUAGACAUUUAUCGAGAUAUUGACAUGGUGCCGGCAGUUGAAGAGGCUGUUUGUGCUUCUCCUGGAAGCUUCAAGUCUAAAUCCGUUGAUGGAGGAGGACCUUCUCCAGGAGCCUCCGGUGGGCAACUUUGUCAGUUCGUAAAAAAGAUGGGUUGCAAGGGCAAUCUUCCAGGAAUGUUCAACUUGCCAGUUAGCAUUUGCGUCACGCUGCAAGGUGAGGUUCUCGUAGCGGAUCGAGGAAACUACCGCAUCCAGAUCUUUAACCGCAAGGGCUUCCAAAGGGAAAUACGGCGCAAUCCGAGUAGCAUCGACAACUUUGUUUUGAGCUUCCUUGGUGCUGACCUUCCCAACCUCAUCCCUCUCUCCAUUGCAAUCACAGCUCAGGGCCUCAUCGGCGUCACCGAUAACUAUGACAACUCUGUGAAGGUUUACACCACCGAUGGCCACUGCAUUGCCUGUCACAAGAACCAGCUAAUUAAGCCAUGGGGAAUCGCGGCCAUGCCUUCAGGGCAGUUUGUGGUGUCAGAUGUAGAGGGAGGAAAGUUAUGGUGCCUGGCUGUAGAUCGUAAUGUAGGGGUUGUGAACUACAACCGACUGUGCUCUGCCGUGAGGCCCAAAUUCGUAACUUGCGACUCCUCAGGUACAGUCUACUUCACGCAAGGCUUGGGUCUGAAUAUCGAGAAUAGGCACAACGAACAUCACCUCGAGGGUGGCUUCUCUAUUGGCUCGGUAGGAAUGGACGGGCAGCUGGGAAAGCAGCUCAGCCACUUCUUCUCAGAGACCGAGGACUUUCGUUGCAUCACCGGCAUGUGCGUGGACUCGAAUGGGGACUUGAUCGUGACAGACAGUGGCCGUAAGGAGAUCCUGCAAUUCCCUAAAGAAGGAGGCUACAAUAUUCUCAUUCAAGAGGGCCUUACAUGCCCUGUAGGGGUAGCUGUUACCCAGAAGGGACAAUUGCUUGUCCUAGAUUGCUGGGACCACUGUGUGAAGGUCUACACAUACUUGCAAAGGAGACGCUCCUCCACGUGUUAAGACUCCUGUGUGGACAAUUUAUAAGACUAGUCACUUUAAAUCAAUGGCUUCAUUACUGAUGCUUCUCGAUGAUUCCUGACCUGUGGCAUAUAGUGGCCGGGAUCAGGCAGCUUGAGACGUAACCAUUCACCACUGCCAUGAAACAAAUGGAGGAUGGCUUAUGGGUAUUACUGUGGAUGCUUCGAGCAAAUGGAGUUUGAAAUAUAGCACAACUGAUGGCAAUAACCGAGAAUAUUGUUCUUCAUGCAUGCAUGUCAGUUCUCAUUUGUUAUUUAUGGGUUUUCCGUGCUGCUAUACAGGCAUUAAUAUAGUGUUUUGAGAAAGUGUUUUGGUUUAUAAAUGCUACAUAGAUGAUAUUAAAGGAGUAAUCUUGGAACAGAACUUGUGGCAUAGUGUUGAUUACUACUGGGGGGACUCACAAAAGGACAACUUAUGAAAAUUAGACCAUAGGAAGUGUCGUGCUUAUAACAUGCUGCUUAUUUGUUUCUUAGUAUAAUGUUCUUUAUUAAGAGUAGGUAUAGAGUUUACAUGAUCAUGGUAAUGAAGUUAAGACUUAAAGGGUCAAGAAACACCAAAACACAUGUGUUUGAGCUGUUGACAGUCGUAUAUGUGUCCCACACUGCUAAAAACACUAUUAGGACACCUAUAUUUCACUAAAA